UUUUAGAAAACUCAAGAUUUCAAAUUUUAAAUACAUUUAAAAAAUACUAGUUCAAAUUUCAAAGUAACCUAAAAGUGUUCUCACAUUUAUUUAGUACCAUUGGCAGUAGCUGCGUAUGUAGUGCGUUUUAAAGAAAAAUAACAAUUCUUACGAUUUUAAUUUAUUAUAAUAUGUCAAUUAUUUCAAUCGUAUAUAAUAACACGUAGCUAAAAUUCUGUAAAUAAUCUUCCACUCAAAUAUAAUAAACCAUUGACAUCAUCUAAUAUCAAAUUGAUCUGUUCUAAACAUCCCAGGUGAUCCCAAAAGACGCUUGAAACGUAAAUGGUGCCAAGACCUUUUGAACGAUCAGCAGUCAUUCCUCAUUACCGUGAAGUGGAUUCUUCGGAAGGAAUGUGAUUGAGAACGGUCAUUAUUGGCGAUACCUUUUUUAGACCCUUUUGACUAUUACGAUUGAGAACUCUCAGUUUUUAUUUUUCCGCGCAACGUUGCCAAACUGUGCCAUAUAAAAAUCGGCUAUGGCUAUAGCCUAUAUAAAUAUAUAUGACUCUUAGCACUGCUCACACACUGUCUAUGUGACAUUCACUAUCUUAAUCAUAUAAUACAUUGAACCAUUAAUAAUGAUACCUCAUCUAUAUAAAUACAACGAUAACGAAUUGUUUGCAACGAAUAAUCAAAAUAUAUACUUUCGUAACGGAACUUUUGAUUUUGCACCAAAUCAUUUUUUACAAAUGUAUACUAUACACUGUUAUCAAAAUAGAUAUUACGUUCCACUAAUUUUCUUUUUCUUUGAAAAUAAAUCAAAAACAACUUACAUUAACAUGUGGAAUUAUUUAAAGGAUUUGUGCCUAAUAACUACGUCUAAAGUUUUAGAAAUUAAAUAUCUACAUUUAGAUUUUGAAAUCGGUGCACAUGAAGCUGUUGUACGCGAAAUAUUUCCCGGUGUUUCGAUAUUUGGUUGCCGUUUUCAUUUAGCUCAAGCUUGGUGGCGUAAAAUUAAUGAAGACAACAUUUUAAAGAAUGCUUACAAAGACUAGAAUAGUGAAAUUGGUAAUUGGCUGAAAAUGUUUUUCGGACUCCCAUUUCUGCAACAUACAGAAGUAGAAGAUGGUUUUAUACAGCUUAUGGUGUUAUGUCCAAAUGAAUUAUAUGGUCAUAGAUUUGCAGAUUAUAUUUUAAAAACAUAUGUUGAACUAGAUUGUUUAUUUCCUCCAGUCUUAUGGGCAAAAGAACCAUCUCAACAUCCUAGGACUAAUUAUGCCGCAGAAAGUUUUCAUCGAACUUUUAACAGACAGUUUUAUUGCACACGUCCACCUAUAUACGCUGUCAUACAGACUUUACUCGAAACCCAGGAAGAAACGUCUUUCAAACUCAAUACCAUUCAACAGGGUACUGUUCAAAAGGCAUCAAAAGUAGAAGAAGAAAAAAUUUCAAAAACAAUACAGUAUUAUAUUAACUACUAUCAAAAAAAAAUCUUUUGAAGGAUUAAUAAAAUAUUUAACAUAUCUGGGAAAUUUAUUUAGGGGAAUUAAAUUUUAGUUAUUUUUAAAUGUUUGUAUUAUUGGUAGGUACCUAUGUGUAUUAACAUGAAAUUUCGCUUAUGAAAUUUCUAAGCUUUUGAUUGAUAUGACAUUUUUAAAAUUUGUAAUUUGUAAUUAUUUUAUUCAAUGUUUUAUUUCAUAUUUAUUUUGACUUCAAUAUAGUUCGGCAACGUUGCACUUAAUUUCGUUCUCAAUAGUACUGUUUUUUUUGGGUCAGCGGUUAUUUCAUUGUUCCAUUUCGAGUGAUCUCAAUCAUACGCUAAAAAAGGUCGAACGUUCUCAAUCGUAUACAGCCGAUUCUUCCCUCAAGACUACAGUCCAUUACAACCCUCAACAUCAUUUAUACUUAUUGUAAAAAUAUAUAUAUAUAUUUACAGGUUGUAUAAUAAAUAUUUGAAAUACGAAUAUAGAA